AAGAUGAAGUGGUCUCAACCGCUGUUUUAACCAAACAGUGGUCUUAACCACUGUUUUAACCGAACAGUGGUCUCAACCGCUAUUUUAACCGAAGAGUGGUCUCAACCGCUGCUGUUUUAUUGUGUGUGAAAAAUAAUUUAGUGCUUACAUUGUUCUGAGUUCUCAGAGGAUCAAUUGAUAGCAAGAACUGGUGAUAGGCCUCCGGGUCAGAUAAAAGCUUCCGUAAAAAUAUACUCAUCGAUACAUGUUUAUAGGCCAAACACCCCCUUAAUAUAAAACUGUGUUUUUUUGGUUGAUUAAAAUUAACAGACUCCAUUGAUACAUGUACAUAUUAUUAUAUUAUAUGAAGUUUCUUUCACUUUGAUCAACCAGUAUGGAGUCGUGUCGUCGUCUCCCUUAAUGAAGCUGUAGCCUGUAGUACACGCCAUAAUUUAAAUUGGCAAUCUGGACUCUCAAAUUGGCAAAACCCUAAUCACGUUUCGAUGAUUUGAUGAACCCAUUGAGAAAAGGGAUGACUGGGAACGAGUUUCGGUUCUUCUUGUCUUGUGACAUCAAUCUUCCAGUUACUUUCAGAAUCGAAAAGUUAGAAGGCAAUUUACCCUCAACCAAUUCAUCUAAUCCAGCGGAUAUAGGUAGUGUUGUUGUUGAGGAGAAAAAACCCGAGCUUUAUGUUGAGUGUGCGUUGUACAUCGAUGGUGCUCCUUUUGGGCUUCCCAUGAGAACAAGGCUAGAAUCUUCCGGUCCACCCUAUUGCUGGGGUGAACUCAUUACAUUGAGUACCAAAUAUCGAGACUUGACCACCAACUCUCAACUUGCAAUAACCGUUUGGGAUGUUUCGUGUGGGAAAGAUGAGGGUUUGGUUGGUGGGGCCACUAUCCAUCUUUUUAACGUGAAAAAACAACUGAAAACAGGGAAGCACAAACUUAGGCUUUGGCAAGGAAAAGAGGCGGAUGGAUCGAUUCACUCUACUACCCCUGGAAAGGUUCCUAAAGAGGAACGUGGGGAAUUGGAGCGUUUGGAGAAGCUUGUGAAUAAGUAUGAAAGAGGUCUAAUCCAGCGAGUUGACUGGUUGGACCGCCUUGCUUUUAAAGCUAUGGAAAAAAUCAAGGAUCUUGAAAGCAGUAAAAAUGGGAGUUCUCAUUUGUAUGUGCUUGUUGAUUUCUGCAGUUUUGAACAUCGAGUUGUUCUGCAGGAAUCCGGGCCAAAUUUAUUAAUACCGGCAUCUAUAACUUCAACAAAUGAACUGGUUACUGUGUGGGACCCAGAAGUGGGGAAAAUCAACCCUUCUGAGCACAAGCAGUUGAAGCUUGCAAGGAGUUUGAAUCGCGGUAUCAUCGAUAGAGAUCUUAAGCCCAGCUCUACCGAAAGAAAGUCAAUUCAAAGGAUACUAAAGUACCCACCAACACGAACUUUGAGUGGAGACGAGAGACAGUUGCUAUGGAAAUUCCGUUUCUCGUUAAUGUCGGAGAAACGGGCAUUAACAAAGUUUCUUCGAUGUGUCGAGUGGAGUGACGUUCAGGAAGCAAAACAGGCGAUUGAACUGAUGGGUCGCUGGGAAAUGAUUGACGUAUGUGAUGCAUUAGAGCUUCUGUCACCCGUUUUUGAGAGCGAAGAGGUCCGUGCUCAUGCUGUUCGUGUUCUCGAAAGAGCUGAUGAUGAAGAGCUCCAAUGUUAUUUACUUCAACUAGUUCAAGCUUUGCGGUUUGAACGCUCAGAUAAAUCUCGUCUUUCUCAGUUUCUCGUGCAGCGUUCAUUAACGAACAUCGAGUUUGCUAGCUUCCUUAGAUGGUAUGUUGCUGUCGAACUUCAUGAUCCUGCAUACGCGAAACGUUUUUAUUGUACGUACGAGAUGCUCGAAGAAAAUAUGAUAAAGUUGGGAAUGGGGGUGUUUGACGGUGGAGAUGGCUUUAAGUUAUGGCAAAGUCUCGUUCGCCAGACCGAAUUGACAGCUCAGCUGUGUUCCAUAAUGCGAGACGUAAGAAACGUACGAGGCGGAACUCAAAAGAAAAUUGAAAAGCUUCGGCAUCUUCUUUCAGGACUUCUUAGUGAACUUACAUACUUUGAGGAGCCUAUACGAUCGCCUUUGGCACCGACUGUUCUUAUCACUGGGAUCAUUCCAUCAGAUUCAUCAAUAUUUAAAAGUGCACUGCAUCCUUUACGCCUUGCGUUUAGAACAUCUAGUGGCGGAUGUUUGAAGAUCAUCUUCAAGAAAGGGGAUGAUCUUCGACAAGACCAAUUGGUUGUUCAAAUGGUUUCACUCAUGGAUCGUCUGCUUAAAUUGGAAAAUCUCGAUUUACAUUUAACGCCGUACAGGGUGUUAGCCACCGGACAUGAUGAGGGCAUGCUGGAAUUCAUACCAUCCAAGUCUCUAGCUCAGAUUCUUUCAGAACACCGAAGUAUUACAAGCUACUUGCAGAAAUUUCAUCCGGAUGAAGAGGGACCGUUUGGGAUUACAGCCACUUGUCUUGAAACAUUCAUCAAAAGUUGUGCAGGCUAUUCAGUGAUCACAUACAUACUCGGCAUUGGAGACAGGCACCUGGAUAAUCUGUUACUUCGAGAUGAUGGUCGCCUUUUUCAUGUUGAUUUUGGUUAUAUAUUGGGUCGUGACCCAAAGCCGUUUCCUCCACCUAUGAAGCUUUGCAAAGAAAUGGUGGAGGCUAUGGGUGGUGCAGAAAGCCAAUAUUAUACAAGGUUCAAAUCCUAUUGUUGCGAGGCGUAUAACAUCCUUCGUAAAUCAAGUAACUUAAUUUUGAACCUCUUUCAUCUAAUGGCCGGCUCCAACAUUCCCGAUAUAGCUUCUGAUCCUGAAAAGGGCAUUUUAAAGCUUCAAGAGAAACUUCGUCUGGACUUGGAUGAUGAAGAGUGCAUACAUUUCUUCCAGGAUCUUAUCAACGAGAGCGUUAGCGCAUUGUUUCCUCAAAUGGUUGAGACUAUUCACCGUUGGGCACAAUACUGGAGAUGAUUAUUGAUCGAUCAUAUAAAGGUUGCAAAGGAGAAACAAAUCUGUAUAGGGUUGUAAAUAAUACUCAUAUUUUCGUAUAUUAUUGGUUUAAUUAGUUUGUAAAAAGUUUGAUUUGAUGACGGGUUAGACCAUAAUACCAGGACUCUUCACAACAUUAGCAUUGUGUUAAGUUGCUGGGUUUAUAGAUUUUUAUUGGUUUCGUCACGUUUCAGUGUUUGGAUGUGAAGCUAACCAAACUUUAAACAA